ACUUCUCAAGAUGGGGAGAUCAGGGUACGGUCGAUCUGAAGCACGAACUGGAGCAGGUACUGAUGCUGACCGCGAGUCGGUGCCUGCUGGGAAAGGAGUUGCGAGAGAGAGCGUGCCAGGCAAACUAUGCGAGCUCUUCGGUGAGCUUGACAAUGGCUUGCAUCUCAUCAGCGGUCUGCUCCCAUACCUCCCGAUCCCGGCGCACCGUCGUCGUGACAGGGCACGCCAGAGGCUUGGGGAGAUAAUAACCGAGGUGAUCAGGUUACGCAGGAACUCCAGCCGUGGUGCUGCUGGCACUGACGAGAACAACGAUGAUAUGUUGCAAUGCCUCAUCAACUCCAGAUACAAGGACGGGUGCGCCAUGACGGACGCGGAGAUUGCCGGUCUGGUCGUGGCGCUCAUGUUCGCGGGGAAGCACACGAGCUCCGGUGUAAGCAUCUGGACCGGUGUCCACCUGCUCUCUAACCCAAACCACCUCGCUGCCGUCGUCGCUGAGCAGGAUAGGUUGAUGGCUUCGUGUCCUGGAAGAACCGAUGACUAUCAUCGCCUCGACUACGACACAGUGCAGGAGAUGAGAUCUCUGCACUGCUGCGUCAAGGAGGCGCUCCGGCUGCACCCGCCGGUGGCAGCGGUCCGUCAAGCUUACAAGCACUUCACUGUGCAGACCAAGGAAGAUAAAGAGUACACGAUCCCAGGAGGGCACAUGGUGGUUAGCACGAUCUUGGUGAACCACUACUUGCCCCACAUCUACAAGGGACCCUCAUGUGUUUGACCCUCAAAGGUUUGCGCCUGGUAGGGAGGAAGACAAGGUUGCUGGCCGCUUCUCUUUCCUCUCCUUCAGUGCUGGGAGGCAUGCGUGUGCAGGUGAAUCCUUUUCGUACACGCAGAUUAAGGUGUUAUGGAGCUAUUUGCUUAGCAACUUUGAGAUCAAGAUGGUAUCCCCUUUCCCUGAGACAAUGGAGCACGGUUAUUCCAGAGCCUAAGGGAAAAGUGAUGGUUAGCUACAGGAGACGUACGGCACCUAAAUAGUAAAUAAGGGCGUAGGUAAUUGUUUUAAGCAGCCGUCACUAGUAAAUAAAGAGAAUUCAUAAUAGUUCAAGCGACGCUUAUUUAUAUAACGUAAUCUCCAUAUUAUGUAUAAACAACACUACUAAAGUUGUAACUACAAUGGUCCUAAUUGUACUGGUCUACAAAAUAAAUGAAAUAAUUCCCCU